AUGGCUCUCAAGUGGAUAGAGUCCUAUGUAUCGAACAACCAAGGCUUCCAGCUCGAUAUUGUCGGUGAGUCCCGAGCACCUCAGCCAGGCUGUUGGCCUCAACUGCAAGGCACAGAUGCACUGACAUGGCCUUCUUCGCCAGGUUUCCUCGCCAUCCUUGGAGAAGGUUCCGUUGAGACCAUUGCCCAAGUUGCGACUUUGAGUUAUCUCAUCUACGUUCCCCGACUCCUACCUGCGCCCCAGAUAUUCAUUAGACCCUCGCGGCCAGAAAAGCUUGAGACGACCGCGAAUGCUAAAGUUAUUGGCGUCCACUCCGGUAAUACCGGAGAGGACAUCCAUCACGUAGCUCAUGCAUUACAUCGUGGUGACAAGUUGCCUCCUAAUACCGUGAGCUGCGUCCGGGUCAAAGAGAAUGAAAACCCUCGACCAUCGAUUAAACGCUUUGGCCCGUUAGCAUGGCUGUCAUUCUUGGGAUUUGCCUUGUCGGCAACAUUGCUGGGACUAUCUUUAUAUUAUCGUGACGGCAUGUCCCUACUUGCUACGCUCCUGCUUUCCUUCCUGGGCACUGUUACUGGUAUUGCCAAUAAGUGGAAACCCACCCCCAACGACCCGAAACCUGAUCCUCAUUCGCCUCCUGGGGAUGUUGUAAUCAAAUACCCACAAGGAGCCUUCAUUGUGGUGACAUGUGAGGAACGGACGGCCAGAUACCUCUAUUUCAACCCUAGCGAAAGGUGCAUUUAUUCUGUCAAGAGCACUGCCAUCUAUCGAGGUCUCUCGCUAGUGUCAACGCUGUUGCUCAUGGGUGGAGUCAUCUCUUUAGCCAACGCCCGCAUAGAAACUCAAACUGCCUUCGCAGGAUCUUAUAUGCUGAUCAAUAUCUUUUACUGGAUUGGGGCUGCCUUACCACCCGCCCAGCACUGGGAUCUCAGCCGACUUGAAGUGUCCCACAUCGAAGUCAAGGGAGGUACGCCGCCUCGAUCGGCUAGACUCGACAACGUCAAUCCAACCUACACUGAGGCUCUAUGGAAAGCCAUUGCAGUGACCGGCACCAGUAAUUGGGUCAAAGAAGCUGGCUGGGCACCCAAAACUCCGGCAUGGAACGACUGGCUCAAUGAGGCCGAGGAAGCCGCACUGGGGGAGCCACUACAGAGCAGCAAGUAUGUGGCGGAGACUGGGAAAGAAGUUGAGGUCUGGACGAUUCGCAACUGGGACAGCCGGAAUGCAUUGUCAACCUUACUGCGGACGACAACCGACCGGUUCAAUACGAAGAAAUGA